CAACCUUACUACUACUACUCUAUUACUUGACUUCUUUCCAAACCGCUCGGCCGGUCUUCGCUUCUUCCAUAUUUCAGCAUUCUUGUAUCCUCUAAACUACCAGUGUUAUCACCCGUCAAACCAGAAAAGCUUGAUCAUCAUGUACUCCAAACUUGCUCUUGCCGCCCUUCUUUUGGCCACGGCCGAAGCUCGCUUCGGUCAGGAGCAGUCUGUUGCCAACAUUAUCUCCUCUCUGAGCAAUUUUGGCAACCCUGGUGUUGCUCCCACCCUCGCCGGCUCCACUCCCGGUGUCCUGCUCGCCGGUGCCAACGCCUGUGACAAGCUUACCCUUGCCGACCGCAUUGUUUCGGAACUCGGCAAUGACAAGGCCGUCAUUGACGCAGCCAAGAAGCUUGUCGCCGCUGAAAAGAACUUCAACCCCUUUGCUGUCUCCAUUCCUUCCAUCUGCUCCGAUCCAGCUCUGCCGGCCACCCAAGAGCUGAGAGGCAUCGUUCCCCUUGUUGACCCGGCUGUGACCGGCGCUGAUGUUGAGAAUGCCAACUCGGCCACGUCUCUCACCACUCCGUUCGCCAACGAUGGAUUGAGUGUUGCGGAUAUCGUGAAAGCCAAUGGCUUCUCCAACUUCACUGCCCAAAGCUCCAGCGGAUCUACCACCGCGCCUGCUGCUGGUAACAAUAACAACAAUAACAACAACAACGGCAACAACGGCAACAACGGCAAUACUGGUGCUGUUACCUCCACGGUCACUUCCGCUGCUCCUGCCGCCACCUCCGAAGCUGCCGAUGCCGGUAACGGUAACGAUAACAACGGCGACAAUAACGACAACAACGGCAACAAUAACGAUGACAACAGCAACAACGGCAAUGACAACGCCAACACCGGCAACGACAACAACAGCAACGGCGUUCAAAAGUCCACCCUCGCCGGCGCCGACUUUGGUCUUUGCGUGCCCACCAUGAGUUUCGUCGGCGGCCGCGGCAACCGGAAGGCCACCGAGUUCACCUUCCUGCCUAAGGACCCGCUCGUCGCCAAGGGCCAGCAGGAGGCGCUCAACCCCAACAUCAUCACCAACCGCAUCUGUGACCAGCUGACCAACGUCUGCCAGGCCAACCAGGCGGCCAAGACGGCGUGCUUGGAUGCCAAGGCCCAGAUCCAGGCUCUUGGAACAAAGGACGCGUCUACUGCGCAGAAGUGGAACGAGCUUUUGGGUUUUGCUGGCACUGAUGUUUCUCAGUAAGCGAGCGGGAUGGUGUAUAUGGCCAUAGGGGGGUUUGGAGAUGAUAUCAUGUGGGGGAUUGUGAAGAUGGUGGG